AUGAACGUUCCACAGGGAAGUCAUGAAGAGUUGGAACAAAGAUCAGCCCAUGAAGGUGCCAAAAGAAGGCGUGUUACUCGAAACAGUAACAAACAGAGAGAUCAAGUAUCAGGCUCAGAUGAUAUUGCAAGUGGUGAGCUGGAUCAAGUUGGUCAAGGUGGUCACAACUCAUCUACUAAUAAUUCAAACUUAAUGGUUCUAAAAACCACUUCAAUUCAUGAAAUUCUUCAUCAUAAAAAAUGUAUUUAUUUCCAAAAAUUAAAUGAAAGAAACACAAUACCUAAAGCAUCAACACCUACUAGUGAAAAAUUUCUUAUGAAUUCCAAAAGAUUUCUUCGUGCAUUAUCAAAAUAUUUAAAAGAUGAAAAAUUUAAUCAACAUUUUCUAUACAUUUUAAACAAAGAUGAAAAAAUAUUUAUCAAACUUUUUGAUUUUUUAAAUUUAGCUAGAUUAAAAGAUCAUGAAGAAUCUGGAUAUGUAUUGGAUCCUUUAACAAUGUUAGAUAGAUAUAGACUUGGUUCUAUUGAAGAGUUACCAAUUGAAGAAAUCGAUGAAAUGCAAGGAAAAGAAUUUUCGAAUGAAUUGAAAAUUUUAACCAUUAUUCAAACUUUUAAUUUUCAACAGAAAGAUAUUAAAGAUAGAGUUAAUAUACCCAAGAUUUAUUGCUCUGGCGAAUUAAAGAUUGUAAGUUCAAAGUUGGAUAAUCAUUGGGGAAAAUACAUUGCAAUGGAACUUAUUGAUAAUGUUAAUGAGAAACCUCAAACAGAAGCCCAAUUUAGAUCUUUGAGAACUCAAUUAGAUAAUUUACAUAGUUCUGGUAUUCAUCAUGGGGAUGUUCAUGAAAGGAAUUGUUGUGUCAUGGGAAAUAAUGAAACUAUGUUGUUUGAUUUUGGUAGAAGUUGUCUAGUUAAAGAUUUAAAGAAAAAAUCAAAAUAUUGUUUGAGAAAAACUUGUGAAGAUUAUAAGAAUCUUGAAGAUAUGAUGAAAAAAACACAAUUUGUAAAGAGUUGA